AGCACCAGUAUUUUUCUCAUUGUCGUUUGAAUAUUUUUAAUAGCUAGAAUAGCAUCGUGUUCGAUUUUGCGGAAGGCUACAGGAGCGCUGUGGUGAAAAGACCGCCUUACAUACUGCAAACGAUUUUCGGGAGCAUUUUUAGUGGUCAAGCAAAUAUCAGGAAUGCAAAUUUUCGUUUCAUUCUUGACGAUAUUUCGAUUGUUUUUUAUCGUUUUCAUUAGUAAAAAGUGAAAGUUAAAAGCUAGAGAAAUCAACACUGUUUUGUUUUUUUGGAUAAAUUUAUCUUGAAUUCUUUUCAUAAUCUUAGUUUGAAAUUAUAUUGAUUGGGAUAUUUGGUUUUAUCAUGUCACUAGGUGUCACUAGUGUCCUCUAGCAACAGGGAAUAUUAUGUGUAUCCAAAACAACUCGUUUUCUUACGAAGCCUAAACGUUUGUUUUUCUCUUAAAUUAUGUUCUAAAAAAAAUUAGUAAAUCAGUUUCAGUUUGCUUUUUAAAUUCCAACAUUGAUUUGUUUAUUAUAUUUUAAGUCACUCUAUCGAUCUUUGUGGUUAAUCUCGGCGCACGUUAACGCUGCCAACUACUGGAGAAUGGGAGAUUUUGAAUCAGAAAGCAGUAGCAGUGAUGGUGAAAAUGCCGGGGAAGUAAAAAAUGUAGCACGGUUGGUCAUGCGGCCACCAGGCCACAGUGGUAAAGCAAAGAAAGGUCACCUAGUGUUCGAUGCAUCUUUUGAAGGAGGAAAUCUAGGUAGAGUGGACUAUGUAGGAGAACUAGACUACGAUUUGUACGUACGCCCCGACGUGGCAAAUCCCAGGCAUAGGGUAUGGUUUAAUUUCACCGUGGAAAACGUUCGAACAGAUCAACGUGUUGUGUUCACCUUUGUUAACUUUAGUAAAGUUCUACUGUUGUUCCAUGAAGGUUUUACCCCAGUUGUAAAAUCAACAAGUAGACCUCAUUGGGUCCGUAUUCCAUCCAAAUGUGUCUUUUACUACCGAUGUCCAGAGCAUGGCAACCGCUAUGUCCUAUCCAUUGUCUUUGCCUUCGACAGAGAAGAUGACGUAUACCACUUUGCCUUUAGUUACCCAUAUUCCUACUCGAGAUUACAAAAAUAUUUAGAGAAUCUCGAAGCUCAACAAUUGCCUUACUUUAAGCGUGAAAAAAUCGGAGAAACAUUGCAUGGGCGUUAUUUAGACAUGGUCACAAUUGACGCUCCUGAAAAAGCUACGGAUAACAAAGAGAAAGAUCUCCAGAAUGAUGUCCAGAGUAAAUCUAAGAAGAAAAAAGUGGUCAUGGUAGGUGCUAGGAUUCAUCCAGGAGAAACACCGUCCUCUUAUGUUUGCCAAGGUAUGAUAAACUUUCUCCUAAGUUCCCAUCCCGUAGCAGAAAUUUUAAGAAAAAACGUCGUAUUCAAAUUUAUUCCGAUGUUAAAUCCAGAUGGAGUGUAUGUGGGAAAUUACAGGACAUGCAUAUUGGGACAAGACUUGAAUCGAUGCUGGCAAGAAAAAUCCAUCCACGCUUAUCCAACUUUAGCAGCCGUGAAAAAUAUAGGAGAAUCUCUAUCAUCUGAAAAAGAAAAAGAAAUAGAUAUGUAUUUGGACUUACAUGCUCAUACGGGUCAGCUUGGAUCUUUCGUCUACGGAAACAGUUACAGUGAUGUGUAUCGCUUACAGAGACACACGCUCUUUCCAAAACAUCUCAGUUACUGUGCUCAAGAUUUCUCCUUAGAACAUACAGUCUACAAUAAAGACAGAAACAAAUCAGGUACCUCCAGAAGAUUUCUAUCAUCAUUCCUCAAUGAUAAAGUGAAUUGUUAUACACUGGAAGUCAGUUUCCAUGGUUACGAGAUGCCAAAGGGAAAUAGUACGACGGUUCAUGUCUACAAUGAAGAAGAAUAUCUUCAACUGGGCAAAAAAAUUUGCUAUGCUUUACUGGAUUACUACGUUACCACCAAAUAUCUUUCUCCGGAACAAAUACCUCCAGCCAUAUUAGAUGCCUACUGCAAAGGUUUCCGAGCAAAAAUCUCCAACAAAUCUCCGCAAAGACUCCCUCCCAAUAUUGGAAAAGACAAAAAAUCAGGAACUCAAACCUCCAAAAGAACCAAGGAAAAAAUUACUAAAGCGAAUGUUGUUUCGCCAUCUAACAUCAAAGGAAAUCAUUUGAAAUCAAAGAAACCACAGGAUGCAAAAAAUAAUUAACACUCAAAUUUCAUCGAUGCUUAAAUGAAUAGCUUAAGCUCUAGCUAUUACAUUUUGAAUACAUAAAAAAUAGUUUAAAUAUGAAUUUUCGUAAGAAUUUCUAAACCAUGCAUGGCAUUCUUAAAUAGUUUAUCUUUUUUAUUAUCGAUGGUUUAAAAUUAAAAUAAGUUGCCUCGCUACAAUCAAGAAAUAAUUCAAAUUAGAAGUUAACUUGCUGGAAACUAAAUUUGAACAAUUUAUCUUGAAACAUUGAUAUUUUUAAAUGCAGGGUUAUUCAUAAUUCCAUCCGGGGUUUC